CUGUAGAGUGAGAUAGAUAAGGGGGUCGCUCGAUCACAGCGACGCUUGUGACUAAAAUUUAAAAUGUGCCGUGCUUCAAAACCACGUCUACCCCCACCGCUGAAAAUUGGGCGAGUUGCAAGACCUGUAUGUAAGACCGAGAGUCCGGCCAACGGUGGGCCUCUUACUAAUUGGCUCCGCCAUUUUGAGGGCUCUUUCCAGAAUAGGAUGUGUGUGUGUGUGAAUACGUAUAUGGAAGCAUUCGCAUUGUGUAGUGUGCGUAGUGAUAACGGCAAAGAGUGAGGUUCAAUGAGAUUCAACAGUUAUCUGCAGUUGACCAAUCAAGGAACAAGAAGAAGAAGAGUUGUCUAAAAGUGGGAAAUGUUCAUGUAAUUAAAAUGCCCCGAUGUGCAGCAUGUCCCAAUAGAUCAGGAAAGGGUGUAAAGGUGAGUUAUUUCCCUCAAGAUGAAGUUGUUCAGAACAUGUGGAUACAGGCAUUGAACAAAAAGAAUUGGACACCAACUAAGCAUGCAGUUCUAUGCGAAUAACAUUUUGCACCUGAAAUGUGGGAGAAGGUACGAGAAGAUGGAACGAAGAAGCUGAAGCGAAAUGCAGUGCCCACAACAUUCAAUAGAGCAACUGGUUUGGUCAAAGAUAAGAUUCCGUCGCAAGAGUACAGGAUGGAGCAUAAGGGCACCCAUAUAGACAACAUGGCUCCAGUCGUUGAAGAUGACAAUCCAGAUCAAAAUGUUUCUGUAGUACCGUCAAUCAAAAUCGAAAAUGAAGAAAAGCAGGAUGAGCCAGAAGCGGAACGGAAAGAAGUGGAAUUAGAAACUGAGAUGGAUAGAAAAGUUUCAGAGAAUUGUAAUAGCGAGGAAGAGUUGGAACAAGAGAAAGAUUUAGAAAGUCUGCCACAGGAUUGUGAAAGUAAAAUUCUAGGUAGUCAUCCCAAUUACCAGCAGUUGAAGAAAAUGUACGAGAAAAGUGAAAAUUUGCGAAGAAUUAUGAAGAAAAAACAUAAGGAAACGAUAAGAAAACUACAAAGAAGAAUAAAGCAGCUCGAACAGGAAGUACGUGUAAGUGAUCAACGCACGAGUUACAUUAAAAAGUUAUUAAACGAUGAUCAAGUCGAAGUAUUGAAUAGGCAAAUGAAAAAAGUAUGUAAAUGGUCUGAUGCUACUCUAGUCUUAGGAUAUAAGUUAAAAUUUUCGUGUGGAAAUACUGGCUAUUCUACUUUGAUAAAAGAAGGAUGGCCUCUCCCCUCUAUAAGAACACUAAGAAGAAAAGUAGAGAACUGGAAAUAAUAACAAUUACUCAGAUGUAUUUUGAACAUUUCUUUUACACAAUAAAAAUGGAUCAUCUUAAUAAGA